AUGGCGAGAGAUUACGCAGCGCGCUGCCCGCGCUCCCCGGAGCGGAACGCCUGGAUGGUGGCAGCGGUGAUCAUUCUGGCUGCUCAAGGUGUCGUUGCUCAGAAAGUGCGGGUGGAGGAAGAGUUGGAGGCUUAUCCCACAGAAUCUGUUGAUCUGCGCUGUGAAUUCGUCGAUGGAGGGAGUUUAACCAAGCUCACACAGGUGUCGUGGAUAUGGGAACCUGUUGACGGCCAAAGGGACAACAUUGCCGUGUACCACCCAACCUAUGGACAGAGUUUUCCCAACGUGGCCUUUAAGGAUCGAGUUAUUUUUCUCCAAAACAAUCUGAGGAUCCCGUCCAUACGGAUUAAAGACCUGCGCAUGUCCGAUGCUGGGCGCUACACCUGCGAGUACGCUACGUACCCGUCUGGAAACGAGCAGGGAACCACCACACUCAUAAUGCUCGCCAAGCCCAAGAACUCGGCCAAAGCCGUGACGGUCCAGGCUGGCAGCAAGUCGGUGAUGGUGGCCCACUGCGAGGCGGCGGACGGGAAACCGGCCGCCACCAUCAAGUGGCUGGCGUCGGUCGGCGGCAACCACUCAACCACCUCCACGAACGGGCCGGACGGCACAGUGACGGUUCGGAGCGAGUACAGGCUGGUCCCGACGGCGGAGGACAACGGGAGAGAGGUGACCUGUCUGGUGGACCAGAAGACCCAGGACCGGCCGUGGACUGAGGUUCUGAAGCUCUCAGUGGAGUACCCUCCCACCGUCACCAUCGACGGUUACGACAACAACUGGUACGUUGGUCGCUCUGACGCGGUUCUGUUCUGCCAUGCCACGGCCAACCCUGAGCCCACCACCAUCACCUGGACGACGGCUUCGGGUUCGCUGCCGGACACGGUGGUGGUGGAGCAAAACAAGCUAACGGUGAGGAAGGUGGACGACGCCGUCAACACCACCUUCACCUGCGAGGUCAAGAACAAGCACGGCGCCAGCAGGAAAACGCUCACAACGUUCGUCAUCGAAGAGAAACGGGAGCCUGUCCAGGAGCGGCAGACAGGCGCUCUGGUCGGAGGCGUCCUGGGGACCCUCAUCUUCAUCGGGGUCAUCAUCGGCAUCGUCUUCCUCAUAAGGAAGUACCAGCAAGACACGGAAGGUCCUCCGAAGCACAAACCUCCUCCUCCGGUGAAGGCAGGCAGCUCAACAGAGAUGCUGAACAAGCCGUCAGAGCCGCCCACAGCCACAGAGACUUUGCCUCUGAGCCCAGGAGAGGUUUACUACGAGCCCACAGGGGGAGAGCCUGUCACAAUGCUGGAUGAGGAAGCCACCGACGCCCUGAACGGCGGCGCCCCUCCCGUCCUCAACAAGGAUGGCUCUGACGGUCACCACGGCAACGACUCAUCCAAUCACGGACCCUCGUCUGGCAACAUUCCUCGUGGCGAGAGCUUCGUAUCGACCCCCAUGUAUGUGUAGCCGUAGCAAUGAAACCACAACAGAGGUACGCGGGAAAGUUUCAGGUCACCUAAAUUAGACAGAAGAACAAAAGGAGAGGCCAUGACACCUGUUUCUGCUUUUCAUCGUAAACUCUAAAGUUUUAAAGUGAUCCGCUCACGGAUGGUUUUUGGUUUCAUUUCCUGCGUUCACGUUUCCUUUUUGUGUUUACAUCAAAGCUAAAGCUUGUAACUCGGGAUGGCUAACAAAAGUAUCAAGCUUGUAUUUUCCUUUUUCAGUUUUCUUUCUUUAAACUUUUGUGAAAUUCAGUUAAAGUUUCUAUCUUGUCAAGCCAGGAAGCCUUUGAAAUCAUAUGUGUCACUGCAUAAGAUGAGGCGGGCUGUAAAACCGCAUGCAGAGCCGUUGUAUAGAUGAACUGGAGCUCUGAUUGGUUACCAAUUAAAAUCCACAUUUCCACCAAAAACAGUGAGAAAACUGCCUAUUCCUGGGAUUUAAUAUGAAAUGUUUUAUGCAACGUUUUGUGCCAUGAAAUUUAACAUCAUGAAAUUGUUAUUAAAGUGUGAGAAGGAGGCUGCUGAGUCUCAGCUUGUCUGUUUACAGCCAUGGGACAUAAUUUAAACAUUUUUGUCUUUCAAAGCAAGAUUAACACAGGUCUGACACAAAAAACAAACAAAAAAAAACAUCCUGAAAAAAUUCCUCCAAUCUGUUGGGAAAAAAACAACUUCCUGUCUGAGAAACACACCAGUGAAGAAACAAAAGUACCAGAACCGAUUCACACCAUUUUUGUUGUUUCUUUUACAUUUUUCAAGCAGAAAAUCAACAAACACCCUUCAUAACAAAGUGAAAACAUGUUUUCAGGCAUUGUGGAGUUUUAACAAUGUGAACAUGACACUCAUGGUUUUAUACUUUGGCAUCAAUCGAAGCCUCAAGUUCUGUUUGAAACUUGAGUCUUUCAGGAUGUUUGGAUCUUUUCAGAUAAUCUGAAACCUGCUUCUCGAGGCUGUCUGCUCGGGUCGCCGCCAUUUUGGGAGCUGAAUUCUCACCAGAGACUCCAAAACAUCCUUUGUGUUUGGUGGUUGUCUCACCCCGAUGCAAAGCAGUUUCCCACUUUCUGCUGCAGAAAAACAACCACAAUGUUUACGGACUUUGAACUUUUGAUUUAAUAUCAACUGUUAAGUCUGAGAUCUAAAGUAUAUAAGGGUAUAAUAUCCAAAUCAUGUUCAGUCAACUGAAUUUAUCACAGUUGGACUAAUUAAGCUGCAGAAAGCUCUCAAGGUGGCUCCGUUUUGAGUGCAAUGGGAGGAUGUACUUAUGUACCUCUGACUGAAAAUCAUGUUUUCGGUUUGUUGGUAUGGUGAAUUUUCACUCCUUUUCUUUUAGAUAAAACUAUUUAACCUUUAAAUAAGUCUCUAAUAUAUGUGGAAAAGGGUAUUUUCUGGUGGCAUAGCUGUCUGAGCAGCAAAGCCUUCGUUAACAUGAACACAGGAGACAAGGCAUAAUUUGAAGCUCUGUAACCUGGCAACAUUACAUAAUUAAGACGCCGUGAUCCGUAUUGGUUGUGUUAAUUGCAAAAUCUGGUGGCGCUACAGCUGCGUAAAUCAGCCUGUAGCAAUUCACAACAUUGGAGUUCAUAAAGAUUCACAAACUGUCACACAAAGACACAUUCCUCCUUUCAGAAAUCACACUGCUUUUAAUUAUUUAAAAUAUAUAUAGACUGUCAUAAUGUGUCAAACCUCAGCAUAUAUUAGAGAAAAACUGCCAUUGAAACCAUUUCAACCAUUUGAAAUGAUAACCUUUUCUGAUAUAUGCAGAACAUUUUGCUUUUUAGCUAAUGAGGGUAAAAAUAUAAUCUCACCUCACCCUGCUGUAUGUCCUCUGGCUGAAACUGAAAUUGGUCAACACAGAUGUCAAACGGUACCAAAUGAUAAAAAUUGUAAAUAGCAUUGAUAAUAUUGAUUUAUAAUAUAUUGUUGGUGACAUGUGUAUACAUAAAAUAAACAGGUGUAGGUGUUAUUAGUGCCUCUGUGCAGGGGAUGGAAGUCAGCUAAACGUCAAACGAGCGACUAAAAAAACAAAGUGUAUAUUACUAUUUUGCUUUCCACAAGUCCAUUAAAGUUGUCACUUAAUACGAAGAUGUUUUGAGUAUAAAAAAAUAAAUGGUGUGGAUUUUAUUCCUUGUUCAUAUUGCUCUGCAUGGCAUGAUCAGUGGCUUGUAGAAACACUUUCCCGAGGCUGUUUGCCCAAAAGAAAUCUUCAUCAUUUGUAAAAGCAUUUCUGAAUAUCGGAAAACAACGCUGCUUUUCUUUUUGUUGUUUUUUUUACAAUCUGCGUCUCGAUGCAUCUGUCAUAAUCGUGCACACCACAAGCUUAAAUCUAAUUUAAGGCGUGUGUUCUUUUGUGUUGUGACAGCUCCCCAGGCUGCCUGUGUUUGUCUUCAGCACAAAUCCAAAACUACAGCAGACACUGAAUUUCUCUCAGCCACAGAGUGCAACACACACAGAAAUGCAGGUUGUUUGUUUGGUUUUUUCCCCUUAUCAUGCUUUAUCUUCAUUGAGCCACACAAAUUGUCCUGAGUUCAUCAUGUCAGCUGUCAGAAAACCGGUUGGAGCUACAACCACCCAUGACAGCAAAAGGUGGUGGAUAAACUGCAGAUUUCUAGAGCUGAUCAACACGUGCAAAAGCUGAAUGAAUGAUGAGGAAGAUAACCUACAUUUUCUGAACCAUAGGCGCCUAAAACACUUAUUUCCUGACAUAAGCGAAUAAAACUUACAGUAUCUGUAUGCAGUCAGUAUCUUUCCUGCUGUUGAACAUCCAAUAUGACCAUAAUGUGAAGAAUCAUUAAGAAAUUCUCCCUGAGGAAGUUUCACUGCAAAAACACAUUUUACCAAGUAUUUCUGGUCUAGUUUCUAGUGCAAAUAUCUUAGUGCAUUUGAAAUAAACCCAAACUAACUUUUUAGCAUGGUAUAGGAAUUUAAGUCAAUAAUUCCUUAAUAUUCAUAAAAAGGACUACUGAGAUUAUUUUAAUAAGUACUUUUCCAUCACUACUAAGGAAUUAUUUACUUAAAGCAAGCUCCUAUUUCUCACCGAAAAGUUACUUAAAAUUUAUUUUUGUUUUAUUUCAAGUGUAAAAAUAUAUUUGCACAGGAAACUAGGCAAAACAUACUUAUUGUGUUUUUCCUGUGUAAUCUCUACUCCAGCUUAUUUUUUUAAACAAUUGUUCACAGACUCUAGAAAAACAUUAGAGGUUUUAUCUACUUCAUCCUAUUUAUAUCAACACAAACAUUUUACAGUUAAAUGUAUAAGAUAAACAACAUUUAUGCAAAAGUGAUGACAAAUUUUUAAAAAUCCUUUAAAAAUCUGAUUUGUGAUGAAAUAGACAGUGCAGUCAAAUUGAUACCAGUUACUUGUCAGAGGAAAAAUCCCAUUUGAGAAACUGGCUAACUUUAACUUAAGCUAACAGCUACUCAAUUUACACACGUCAAACAGGGUUAUGGUACAGCUAAAGAUGAACAAAUAGCAGGUAAAAGUUGUAAAAUAUCACUAAUGUAGGAUUUCUUUGUAUUUUAAAAACGUUUUAAGGUUUUUAAGUUAUUUUUUAUAAACAUAACAUUCAAGUAGCUGUUAGCUUGAUUAGCUGUUAGCUUGAUUAGCUGUUAGCUUGAUUAAAGUUGGCACCUUCCAGGAUUUCUCUGAUUCUUCUUCUACUAGUAAAACCCGGCAAAAGAUGAAACUAAUUAGAGGAAACAUUCACCACAGUGUCUCCUUCACUACAGCAUGCUCACCGAAAUAUUUAGUCUAUUUUCAGGAAGACGUAGCAGAAAUACACAUUUAUUUUUGAGUGAAAUUGGAAAAUUUCUAAGAAAUAUAUGACAAGUAGUUAUUUUUCUUUAACUGUAAGUUUUUAUUCUUUUCUGAAAAUAGCAGAUGCUAAUGGAGUAAAGCUUUUCAAGUUCCUCUGAUUGGAGGCUCUGAUGUUAUUUUUCAUUAAAGGAAAUGUCUGCAUGCUGCAUGGAUAUUUUGGGAGGAAAAAAAGCUAUUUCCAUAUUUUGUAGAAAAGCUUGUGUCACAUUAGCAGCCCAGCUUUUUAAUUUGCUUUUCUGUUGCUGUGCUGGACAAUCAUGUGUGAUGUAUUUUAUAACCCUGCCGCAGAACAAAAAGCUGUCUUCAAAGAGGGAAUGCGGCGCUUUUGCCUCUUUUUGUCUGUAAAUUAAUUUCACAAAAUGAAUGAAUGUUUAGUUUUCUGUGGAUUAAUGUGUUUAAUGUGUUUGCCAGCAGGCUGCUCUUGAUAGAUUGAGGAAAGGGAGAAAAGACAAUCAUCAGGACACAUUACAUCAGAGACCAAUGACUCUGCAAGCGUUCAGUUAUGAGUUUUGGCUCUGCCGUCUCAUUUGGAGAAUCAUUUGGCUUUACCCAGCGCCUCACGUUUAGUAGCGGUGUGUCAUUUAGAGGUACCUUGAAAUGCAUGAUUUGCCAAUUCCUGAUAGUCAUGAAGGUUGACACUUACGGCAAAAUCUGCAAAGAAAUCAAAUGUGUGGAUGGGCCGGCUUGGGCUCCUCAUCCAUAAUGAGGAGAUCCUGCAGUAGCUCCAGACAGAUCAUUUAACAGAUGAAGCGUUUGUCCCUUCAGUCUCUGCUUUGCAUUUCGGCCAAGGUGCUUGUUCGGUCUCCCCACCUUCACAAUUACGGGUUAAACGCCACAACCAUAAGCUGUGCACGUCAACGAUAAGGUUGAUCAGUCUGCAUCCUCUGCUUCAUUAAGCCUUAUUAUUCCAACAUUUUUUAUUUCCUUUUUCUGUCUCUCUCCUUCAUCCUUUGUCACUUCAGCUUUUCGUCACGGAGCCAGACGUGCCUUCUUUUGUUAUUUUCAGCCUUUCAAUUCUCACAUUUUAUUCUUUGACAGUAGAAGCGCUGAUGAGACGAGUGACACACAAACAGGAUGUGUUUGAAAAGGAAGAUAGGAAUGCUGAAACAAAAGCCACUCUCAUGCACUGGAAAUAUAACCAUAUUUUUGUGAAUGUUAUUGAUUUCGUUUAAUUUUCUUAUGUAUCACUUAUCAUUUUGUAUGCUUUUGGGGAAUUAUACUGUAUGUUUUUCAAUUCACUGUCUUGUCAAAUAAAAUGUAAAUCAAAAAGA